UGAAAUGUAUUUGCGUAACACCGUCAGUUUCUGUAAUAUAUGUAAGAGGCAGGAGAGUUAUUUUUCUGUUGUAGCCUAAAGAUUGCUGUAUUGCCACGCGUGUUAUUUUUCAAUAUGAUACACUCACCUAGCAAGGCGGACAGGAACUGUAUUCAUUUCCUGAUUGUUCAGUGUGUAUACAAUCCACCACAAGCGCAUGUCCUGUUUUGAUAAUGUAGAAACAUCGUAUUACAGAAAAUGGAGGCAUCUACUUUGUGGUUGGCAUUUGUUAUCAUCUUCACAAGGCUGAAUAUUUCCAACACAUCAGUCAACACAAGCCGGGAUCCAUCUGUCAAAAGCACUGCGCAAAGUUCAUCCUAUAGUUUGUCUUCAACGAGUGACAAAGCAGUGGACGGUUGUACUAGCCAGAGAUACAGUUCCGGAUGUUGUAUACAUACCUCAACAAGCAAUAGCAUCACGGAGGCAUGGUGGCAGAUCGAUCUCGACAAUCAGACCGUUAUAGAUUACAUCACAAUUUACUACAGGAAUGAAGGUUCUACAGAGCAGAAAACGCGAUUCGGAGGGUACAAUAUAUACCUGUCGAACACAACAGACACCUAUAGUCUUUGUUAUCAGGACACGACAUCUUCUCUAACCUCUGUGGAUUUGAAUCCAACAAUAACAUCAUGUACAGGUAGUACCCGAUACUUAACCAUCUACAUAGACCGUCGGACACGAGCCUACAAUUGGUACUCAUCCACUCCUAUAAUGGAACUAUGUGAAGUCCAAGUAUACGGUUGUCCACAGGGAACAUUUGGUAAUGGUAAUUGUGAUUUAAACUGUGAUUCCACAUGUGUAAACAGCCUCUGUGACCCAACAACUGGUGAAUGUACAUACUGCGAAGCUGGAUCAUAUAAAUUGGACCUUGUCUGUAGCCCUUGUCCUACAAACUGUAACACUCAAACUUGUGAUGUAGACACUGGAGGAUGCACAGCGUGCGUCGCUGGUUUCUAUGGCAGCCACUGUGACCUACUAUGCCCGGUAAACUGUAAAAACAACAUAUGUGUGCAGGAAAUUGGUCAAUGUGAAGCGUGCGUCGCUGGUUACUAUGGCAGCCGAUGUGACGUGCCAUGCCCAGUAAACUGUAAAGACAACCUAUGCGUGCAGGAAAAUGGACAAUGUGAAGAUUGCAAUGAUGGUUUCUAUGGACUUUUCUGCUAUGCCUGCUCAGCUGGUUGCAGAACCCUAGUCUGUGACAAAACAACUGGCUACUGCAGCCCGUGUUUCAAUGGGUUCUUUGGGAUUAGUUGUAAUCAGACAUGUGCAUUCAACUGUAAAGACAGCAUAUGCAUACAGAAUGUUGGGACAUGUGAAGGCUGUAAUAAUGGCUUCUAUGGUGGUUUCUGUACCCUGUCUUGUUCUUCAAACUGUAACGACAGCACGUGUAGCCAGUAUAGUGGAGACUGCGAUGAAUGCGUUUCGGGAUAUCAUAGCAGUACGUGCAAUCAACUGUGUCCUACUAAUUGCAAAGACGGCAUAUGUGUUCAACACGACGGGUUAUGUUUAGGGUGUAACCAAGGAUACCACGGCGAUGUAUGUACGCAGGUUUGUCCGUUGCACUGUAAAGACAACACAUGCAUCCAGGAAAAUGGGCUCUGUGAUGAAUGUGAUUCCGGUUACUAUGGCACCGGUUGUGACAAGAUAUGCCCUAGCAACUGUCAACAUGCACUGUGUGACAGAAGUACUGGAGAAUGCCUAGAAUGUGCUGUUGGAACUUAUGGGGAACUGUGUCUGCUCGACUGUUCAACCCAAUGCAAAGGCGGGACAUGCGGUCGGCUGAAUGGCUAUUGUGAUGACUGUGAAGCAGGUAGUUUUGGGAUUUACUGUGAAGUUGCUUGUCCUGAUUUUUGCAGCAGUGUUGGUUGCGAAAAGGAGACUGGAUUAUGUAUUGGUUGCACACCUGGGUAUUUUGGACACAACUGUCAGGAGACAUGUGGUCAGUGCAGUGGGGUGUCGUGCGAUAUGAAAGAUGGAGCAUGUGGGUGCAUUGCUGGCUGGGAAGGAGAUACUUGCAAUACAAGAACUCCGGUUUCCACAGAAGAUCACACCUGGAAAUAUGCUGGAGGCGGUAUUGGAGCUGUUGUUGUGAUUACUCUUGUGAUAAUUAUAGCAGUCAUCGUGCUCAGAAGGAGACGAGAAGUAUCGUACACGAAGAAUCCUCCUGAAAUGAAUGCAUCUGACAACACAGAAAUGACGCCAGUCAUGGUAUCAAAACAACCUAUAAACCAUCAACCGAAACCGAAACCACCAAGCAAACCUGCUACGGAUAAGGAUGAAAGUGCGUACUCGAACACGAAUGACAUGGCCAUUAAAAUUGACGAGGAAGUCGCGUAUAACAAUGUUGGCGUUACCGGUGUGUCUAUACAGGAAAUGCGGUCAAUCAUCGACAGCAAAAUGGCGAAUAAUGCGCUAGCUUUUCAGGAGGAAUUUAAGACAUUCCCAAUGGGAGCGGUGUAUCCUUAUGAUGCCGGUAAAAAACCAUCAAACAAAGCAAGGAACAGAUUCAAGAAUACAUUGCCCUAUGACCAUUCGAGGGUUAUGCUGGAGACAAUCAAUGGCAAUAUCGAUUCUGGCUACAUAAACGCAAAUUACAUCGAUAGUAUUGAUAAAACAAGCAUUUAUAUUGCAAGUCAAGGACCAAAGCCCAUCACCCGAGACGACUUUUGGAGGAUGGUUUGGCAGGUCAAUUCCGGAAAGGUUGUAAUGCUGACAAAUCUCGUGGAGGGCCGGAAGACAAAAUGUCACAAAUAUUGGCCAGAUGAAGGAGAGCCGCUUGAUACACAUACAUUUAAGCUUAAACUUGAGAGGGAACGGACAUAUGCUUUUUAUGUUAUACGUAACAUUUCAAUAUUCUAUAAAAAGACGAAACAAGAACGCCAGGUCACCCAGUUCCACUUUACGACGUGGCCGGACCACGGAACUCCGGAUACUCUGGAGCUUGUCCUAUUUCACCGCCGUGUGACUUCAUACAGGACACACCUAACCGGUCAGAUGGUCGUUCACUGCAGCGCUGGCAUUGGAAGGACGGGCACUUUCAUCGGCUUAGAUGCACUUCUUACUCACUGGAAGAAAACAGAACAGAUCGACAUUCCUGGCUACCUCAGGACCAUGCGAAAGGGUCGAAUGGACAUGGUUCAAACAUAUAAACAGUACAUCGCUUUACACGAGUUACUUGUCGAAGGAUUCAGUUUACAAGAUACACUUAUUUCCCGGACAAAUUUCCGUGGUAACUUAUCAAAACUGUGCCCUAAGGACAAACCGGCUAAUCAGACAAAGAUGUUCCAAGAAUUUGAGGUGUUGCAGAAAUGUAAUCCCAAGUUCACUGCUAGCUACUUCAUGGCGGCACUGAAGAAAGAAAACAAAGACAAGAAUCGGGAUCUGGACAUACUUGCUGCGGACAUGUUCAGACCAUUUCUGCAGUCACAGCUUCCCAAUAGGACAGACUACAUCAAUGCUGUUAUGAUUCAGUCGUACACAUCAAAAUCUGGGUAUCUGAUGACACAGUUUCCUCUAGAGGACACCGUGGAUGAUUUCUGGGCGAUGGUGUGUGACUACAGUUGUACAAACAUCAUUAUCAUAGGACAACCAUCGACUGAGCACUGGCUGCAGGAUGAUACUAACGCUGCGAAAAGAAGAGCAUUCUCAGUGAAAAAACUUCAAGAAGUAUCCACGAACUCGGAUGUGACUGUCAACGAUUACCAACUAUUAGGCUUACGGUCAAGUAGUGCAACUACGGUCCGGAUUUUCACCAUGACAAAGUGGUCAUCGAACUCCUCGUCACCUUCAUCCGACUCGUCUCUCCUACAACUCCUUGAACAGCUAGACAGAAGACGACGGUCAGACAACACCAUUCCUGUGGUAGUCACGUGUCGGGACGGAUGCACACAGAGUGGACUGUUCUGUUGUAUAUCCAAUAUCAGAGAUCAAAUGAAGAUGGACGAGGAGGUGGACAUAUUCCAAACAGCAAACCAGUUAAAAAAGCGGCGACCAGAAGUCAUUGGAAAUGUGAAACAAUACCAGUACUGCUACGACAUCUUGGGACAAUACGUGGAUUCUACCGAUGUUUACGUCAAUUGAAUAUAACCCAAUACAGUAUGAGUAUACAUAGGAAUAACAAUUAUCCUCCAAGAACGUAUGCAGCAAUGAAAUACGACUCAUUAUGAGCGUUAAUUAACACCGGUAUGAUACCUGGAUUCCACCAACGUGUACAUCAACUGAACAGAAUUCAAUAUGAGUAUUACUAUAUUAACGCUUGGACCUCGUGGAUAUGUUCAUCGACGAAACGUAACUCGCUUUAAAUGUAAUGCUCGAUAGGGACGAUCUCUGGGGGCCAUCAACGUAUCAAUGUAUGGACUCGAGACCCACAUAUAACAUGUACAUCACACGAGCCCAGCAUUACAGAAGCAACCUUAAUAUCCCAUAAUUGCGUGCAUCAACGAAAUACAACUCAAUCUGAGUGUUACAUGCGAACAAUAUAGGAAGUUUAUCAACGUUAACAUUUACUUAUAACGGAACCAAAAUGUGCAAUACCCAGGACGGUACUAAUAUAAUACAACAGUCUGGAAAUAUAUAAUGUUACAAUGGGGGGGGGGGGGGGGAAACUAUGACUACAAUGUCAUCCUAAUAAUAAACAAUUAAAGCAACUAUUGCUGCAUUUCCCACUUGACAUUGUAUGUGGUUACUUACAGUUCGGAGUAACCGAACCAAAAGUGCUUCCUGCUACUAUUAACCAUGUCGACCCGGCAUCACCCAGUAUUUAGUUUACCAAUAUAAAAUAAACACUGAUGGCAAAUGGGUGAACAUAUGAUGAUUUAAAGUUACAAAUUGUUUAUUUAAAAUUAUGGUUUUUAAUAUAUGACAUUUUUCAUUCAAACGUUCGCACUUUAAUAUGUAGAUUUUUAUUAUUACAAAUAAGAAAGUUAGAGAAAUACAUCUAUGUCGAUGUUAACAGCAUCUGAGAGUUAUCUAAAUCGACUGAUAUACUGGCUGUUUUUUGUGUUUUAAACAGUUGUGUUUGUUCGUUAUAAUUAAAUCAAUGUGUUAAUGUAAAAGAAUAUUUUGAUACAAAACAGGAACAGAGUUUUCAAAAAUUGCGUAAAAACAUCUGCCAGCUCACUAGAAUUUGAGACGUAUACUAUAUUAGCGGAAAAAAAGAAACUGCGCAUGCCUAAAAUGUGUUAUAAAAAUAAAUGUGUAUGACGUAGAACAACAAGG